CGGCGGCGGCGGUGGCGGCGGCGUCGGCGGCGGCGGUGGCGGCGGCGGCGGCGGCGGCGGCAGCGUAGAGGACGAAGGCGGUGGCCCCGGCCCCAGCCCCGGCCCCAGCGGCGCCCUCCCGGGCCCGGCCCCGCGGCCCGGCCCGUCCCGCGCCCCCGCGGCGCUCCCGGCCCCGGGUCCCGCCGCCGCCGCCGCCGCCGCCGCCAUGGCCCGGCCGCUGGUGCCCAGCUCGCAGAAGGCGCUUCUGCUGGAGCUCAAGGGUCUGCAGGAGGAGCCGGUGGAGGGCUUCCGGGUGACCCUGGUGGACGAGGGUGACCUGUACAACUGGGAGGUGGCCAUCUUCGGGCCCCCCAACACCUACUACGAGGGCGGCUACUUCAAGGCACGCCUCAAGUUCCCCAUCGACUACCCGUACUCCCCUCCGGCCUUUCGGUUCCUGACCAAGAUGUGGCACCCCAACAUCUACGAGACGGGGGAUGUGUGCAUCUCCAUCCUUCAUCCCCCAGUCGAUGACCCCCAGAGCGGGGAGCUGCCCUCGGAGCGGUGGAAUCCCACCCAGAACGUCAGGACCAUCCUCCUCAGCGUCAUCUCCCUCCUCAACGAGCCCAACACCUUCUCUCCCGCCAAUGUGGAUGCCUCGGUCAUGUACCGGAAGUGGAAGGAGAGCAAGGGCAAGGACCGGGAGUACACCGACAUCAUCCGGAAACAGGUCCUGGGGACCAAGGUGGACGCGGAGAGGGACGGCGUGAAGGUGCCCACCACGCUGGCCGAGUACUGCGUGCAGACCAAGGCCCCGGCGCCCGACGAGGUGUCCGACCUGUUCUACGACGACUAUUACGAGGACGGCGAGGCCGAGGCCGACAGCUGCUUCGGGGACGACGAGGACGACUCGGGCGCCGAGGAGUCCUGACAGCCCCGGAGUCCCGACGGCGCCGCCCCGAAUAAACUGACGGAUCUUACCUCGCCAGGCCCGGCUGUGUGGGCUCGGGGCCCCUGACGCCCAGACUACCUCACGGAGGUGCGUGUGCCCCCCCCCCUUGUCCCUCGGUCUGGCCUCCCCGCACACCCCCACACCCCGGGGCUGGGCCCUCCCGAGGGCCCGGGCGUGGCACGGAGCGGCGGCCUCGCUGGCUGGGCCCCGGCAGGCCCAGAGCCGGAUGGCGGCACCGGUGCGCGGGGCUCAAACUCGACCGCCUCUUCUCCGCUUCAGUUUGUUUGGAAUCUGAAUAAAAGGACUUUGCGAGAAGCAGAA